CAGGUUGAAAUGUUGUCUAUUAAAUAUAUCUUCAUUUUAGCAACGAUUUUGAAAUAUUCUUACUCUGCUUAUGUCAUUUCUAUUUAUGGGGAUGUUUAUAAAGACGAGAAGUUUUUUAGAUAUACAUUUCCGUGGAUCAUUGAUAAUAUAGGGGGCGAUAUAUAUGUGGACUAUUUCAUGGUUGGCAGCGGUAGAUAUAGUGUGCCCCAAAUGUGUGCUCUGAAGGAAUUGAAAGCGAAUACAUAUCUACAGGCGCAGUAUUUAAAGUGCGAGGCUGAAGGAAAACAAAGCGAAUACUGUCUCUGUGAAACUGGAAUAGACCCUAAAAAGUUCAAGCAAUGUGUAGCAUCAGGUGGAUCAAUGGCAAGUUCCGCAGCAGCAAAAUUCUCCCAACUUGGCGUCGAUACAACCCCCAUAGUGGAAAUAGGACCAAGGGGAACAGUUUUUGGAGUUGAUGACACUUUGUACCUAAAGAAAAUUUGCACUAUUUUCGGAGAGAAUCAACCCAGGGGCUGCCUCAAACCUUUUGAUUGUAACCAAACUGAAGUUUAUCCGGACAAGAAGGCAUUAGCACAGUUUGACAAAACUUGUGUUGAUGGGAAUCAGUCCUGUGAUCUGUCCACGACAACGACUACGACGACACCGAUGACGAAUGUUUUUGAAAAUGAAUAAAUGCCAAUUUAAAAUUUUUUAUCUACCAAUUUUUAUACAUAUUCUUAGGUAUGUGUAUAAUAUCACUUUUAUUCAAUUCAACAAACCAAUUCAAUAUGUAUUGUCUUGUUUACAAAAAUCAUUAUUGAACUAUAUUUUACUUCACACUAUUCAGUAAACAGUCGCAAAGAGGACAAAAUAUUCCGAAAUGAUUUUACCGAAGUGAACGA